AUGAAUCUUUCAGAGAAAUAUGAUCCGACUGCUUUCCACAGCAUCUUAUCUCUUCAUGAUGCCAACAAGUAUUUUCGAGACAACAAUGGCUUUUCUUUUGUGGAAACGAAGUUGAAGUCUCUUAUACUGCAGCACGGUGUGACCAAGCUCUUUGGAGUCUCACUUGUCCAUCGCCAUUUCGACCUUGAAGAUGGAACCAUCCUCGUGGAAAAGGAUAUGGUCACAGCCCCUUGGAAAUGUGACAGUUCUUUCGCGAAGCACGGUGGGAGGAUCCUCCCAAUUUCUUGGUUCUGUAAGGGGGGCAGACCUUACCCUUAUGAGUUCGGAUUUUUCCCAUAUUCUAAGGCCCCACCUCCAAAGCUCGAAGAACAUGCGUCUUUUGUUGAAGCAUUUUUCGAUGCUGUCAAACUUUACGGGCUGGACAAUGCUAUCGGUCUCCGCCGUCUGUCUGGGCAGGAAUCCACAGGAAUGCUGGAGUGCACCGAGGGCAAAGUGAAUAUCAUGUUUCCAAGCAAUGAGGUUCGUUCAUUGGUAUCUACCAUGGUAUAUUAUGAGUCUCAUUAA